UACAGCAUAGUGUACAUGACGUUCUCAACAUGCAUCAGAUAACCAGGCAACCAAUGAAACUGGUUGAGGUGGAUGGCAUCCCUUCUGCCUCGCCCAAUUGCAUCGUUUUGAACGUCCAAAAACCGAAAUUAGAGGCUUAGGUAAGACAAAAAUCUCCCGACGAGAAAUCGCUAUUGUCUUCUCCCGCUUUCCUGCCAGACACGUCAAUCAUAUUGCAAUACGCAGUUAUGGUUGCAUCUCAGAAAAAGAUGAGCGCUUUGUCUUAAAAAUAUCCGAAAAACGCCUUUUGCACACGGUCGUGAGAAUAAAAUCGGCUCCUGUCUCGACAGAAAACAUUGAGGAGCAUGAAAGCAAUGGACAAAACAACGCUAUCAGAAGAUGCAUAUGAUGAUGCAUACAAACCGAAAGAGGGCCUGGAACCUUCAAGACAAAUAGUCUGGAGAAACGUUGUGUUAAUGUCUCUAUUACACAUAGGAGCACUUUAUGGACUGAUCCUCAUUCCAUCCACAUCUGCCUUAACCCUCAUGUGGAGUGCAGUGUGUUUCAUGAUAAGUGCUCUAGGAAUUACUGCUGGUGUCCAUCGCCUUUGGAGCCACAGGUCCUACAAAGCCUCACUGCCUUUACGAAUCUUCCUAGCAGCCGCAAACUCUAUGGCUUUUCAGAAUGAUAUCUAUGAGUGGGCCAGAGAUCAUCGUGUUCACCACAAGUUUUCGGAGACCAAUGCAGACCCCCACAAUGCUCGGAGGGGAUUUUUCUUCGCUCACAUUGGCUGGCUGCUGGUCCGUAAACACCCAGAUGUUAUUAAGAAAGGAAGCAGGCUGGAUCUCAGUGACCUUGAAGCAGAUGGAGUUGUUAUGUUUCAGAGGAGAUAUUACAAGUUGUCUGUGGUGGUGGCGUGUUUCCUUAUCCCCAUGUUUGUACCGUGGUUCUUUUGGCAAGAGAGUCUUUGGGUGGGUUACCUCAUCCCCGGUCUGUUGAGAUACACAGUUGUCCUCAAUGUGAGCUGGCUGGUCAACAGUGCAGCUCACAUGUGGGGAAUGAGACCCUAUGACCACAACAUCAACCCUAGAGAGAACAAACUGGUUGCCUUCAGUGCCAUUGGUGAAGGGUUUCACAACUACCAUCACACAUUCCCCCAUGAUUAUGCUACAAGUGAGUUUGGCAGUCGACUGAAUGUGACCAAAGCAUUCAUAGACCUCAUGUCCUACUUUGGCCUGGCCUCGGACUGCAGAAGGAUGCCUCGUGAGACCAUCAUGGCCCGUGUUAAACGCACGGGUGAUGGCAGCCACAAAAGUGGUUAAUUUAUUCAAUUUGUGUAAUGAACGAAAAAGUUAUGGUAAGCCAAAAUGUAUAAAUUCAUUAGCAGCAUUGCAGUGUUCAAUGAAGGUUAUGUAUCCACUUUCAUAAAAUAAGAAAUUCCAGACUAACAUUCAUUCUGAAAACAUUUUUAUUCUUUUCAUGAUGUGUAUUGGAGUAUAAGGAUGGGUUGUUUAUGAUAAAAAAACGUACAUUGAGAGAAUAAUUAUGCUGCAGUCUGCCUCAAGGGGCAGGAGGUGGUACUACUGUGUCUCAUUGCAGCCCUCUCAGGUUGACCCCCAGAUUUUUUCUGACUUAACUGCUCUAAAGUGGAAAUAGAAUUCCAGUAUGAUAUUAAGUUAUGAAUUUAAGAUGACAUGAUAUUAAUAAUCACCUGGCUUUAUAAUGCAUUCUUUGGUUUAAGGUGAUAAAAGCUGAUAUCUGAAAUAUGAAUAACUCUCUAAUACUGACCUAAGUAUAAGCUAUUAGUCAAAAGUCCGGAGGGUUGAUGUUCCACAUAAAAUGGUUUAUUGAAGUUUAUUUGGGAAUCUUAAUGUAACCAAACAUUUUCAUAUUAAUACAUAAUAUAACUGCAUUGAGCUUAAGAAUAAUAAACUUUUACCAGAACGGAUAGCAUAAAUUAAAACGUUGUGGAUCAUUCAUCUUCUGCCAUUGUUGUUAGAAACAUUGGCGAUAACCAUGAAUUGAUGCUAAAUGCCAAGACAAAAGUCACAUUUUGUAUAAAUGGUGCUAAUGAUGUGGAAUUUCCUAAUUCACCACAAACUUUAAACUAACAUUUAUAAUUUUAAUACACCUAACAAAUAUGAUGCACAGGUGUAUGAUGACCUGUUUUUAAAUUUUUAGCGCUUAAGCAACUCGUGCUAUAAGUAUUUAGCCUCAGUUUAUCUGUUGAGGUAACUAUUAAUCCAUUAGAGAUUUAUUAUGGGACAUUUAUUAGUCCUUAUAAAUGGAACAUUUUAAUAUUUAAAAGUUCAUAAAAUGCCCUUUGUCUUAAAAAAACAAAUACAUUCAAGGGUUUUGCCUAUACUCAAAAUUGGAACACAAAAUGGUGACUUUCCAAUUUUCCAAGUGGGCUUUUCUCGACUCUUCUCCGAAAAAUGAAUAACCAUGCUCUCUCAAAAUACACAUCGAGUUUAUAUAUAUAUUUAUGUGUGUGUGUGUGUGAAAUAUAUAUUUAAAAUAUAUACCUAUGUUUAAAACAAAGAAACAAAAUGUUCUGUAUAUUUUACGGCUAUGUUAUUUUUACAGUGUUGACAUUUAAUGUCUGAGCCUUAAUGGCCACAUUUUUCAAAGAAUGUUAUUUCUCCACCAUGAAAUAAACGACAAUUUCUAUUUAAGUGUGAGAGUUGCAAAUUGUACCAUGAGUUUUGACUCAAUAUUAAUCUUUUCCUAAUUUAAUAAAAUGUGUGUACCUCUGAAAAUAAAGUCUUG